AUGGAUCUCUCCCAUAAAUUAUCUAAGAGAGAGCUCACCCUGCUGUACGAAGAGGUCCUUUACACCAUUCUCCAUCGGGUGGGCCAAGUGGAACAGAAUCAUGUUACUGAUACAGAUGAGCUCUAUGAAUAUGUGCAAAAGGCCUUCAGUAUUGAUCCUGGAGAGCAUCAAAUUAUAUUACAGAGGGUCAAAGAGCUAGAGAGGCCAGUUUUUUGUCUUAAAGCCACUGUGAAGCAAGCCAGAAAUAUUCUGGGUAAAGAUGUCAGUGGAUUAAGUGAUCCGUACUGCCUCCUAGGGAUAGAAAGAAAAAAACAGGGCUCUUCUUCCCAUGGUUCUCAUCAGCAGAACAAAAGGCGAGCUAAGGGUGUGGUGAAGAACCUGCUGCCAGAGGACCAAACCCAUCGCACGCAAGUCAAACAUCAGACAUUAAAUCCAGUGUGGGAUGAAACCUUCAUUCUGGAGUUUGAAGAUGUAGAAAAUGCCGAAUUCCAGCUAGAUAUGUGGGAUUUUGAUGAGGUUGAACCUGUACGGCACAAACUGGAAGAACUGAGUGACCUUCGUGGCCUGAAAAGAAUUCUUAAAGACGCUAGGAAAAAUAAAGGACAGGAUGAUUUCCUGGGGAAUGUAGUCAUUCAUCUGCAGGACCUGCAUUGUCGGGAGGAUCGCUGGUACAGGCUGGAACCUCGCACGGAUACUUACCCCAACCGAGGGCACUGCCACCUGCAGUUUUUUUUGGUACACAAGAAGAGAGCUACUUCAGCCAGCAAGACCCAGACAAGUUACAAAGUUCAUCGGCAACUUCUUCAGCAGAUUGUUUCAUAUGAGAUUCUUCAAUACCAGGCUGGCAGCACUUCCUGGGAUGGAGAGUUAAGCAAACAUGCCGGUACUAUCCUGUAUCUACAUGCUACUCAGAAAGACAUUUCAGAUUUCCACCAAGACUUGGCGCACUGGCUGGCUUACAGCAAGCUGUAUCAGUUCUUGGAGUUCAACAGCAGCUGCCUGCUCCAUCAGAUUACCAGCAUAGAGUAUCAGUGGAUUCAAGGUCGAUUACAAUCUGAGCAGACAGCUGAAUUGGAAGACUCUUUUCAGUCCUUACUGAACUAUGGGAUUUCUCUUCUUCAAAGGUUCCGGAUCGUCUUCCCACUCUCCUCACCCAAAUCUACACAGAGGCUGCAGUCACUGCUCAGGGUUUUGGUCCAAAUGUGUAAAAUGAAAGCCUUCAAAGAACUUUGUACUUCGACUCCUGUUCUUGAAGAAAUGGUAAUGGAGGCACUUAAGACUGGAACAGCAGAGUGGUUUUACAUGAAGAAGCAGCACUUGAAGCCAAUGGUAAAGACAAUGGAGGAAUGUGGCAAAGCUCUGGUCUGCCUUCUUCUGGAGGUGAAUGCAGAUCUCCAGGAGUGUCACAAAACCUGGAACAAAUAUUUCAUCAGCACCGUGAAAGUAGAUCUUUUCUCAAUUGCAUAUCUUAAAAUGCAGGAACUGGUUUCUUGUUAUGUCAAAGAGCAGCUGAGCAAGAUUGACAGUGGCAUGUCCCAAUUAACAGCAGAAAGUCUAUUCCAACUUUAUCUCAGCAUGAAGGACUUCUAUCACAUGAAGGAUUUUGUGUGCAGCAGGGAUACCCCUCUGGCAUUGACUGGUUUCCACCUAUGGUUUAAAGAAGCCAUCCCCUUGUGGCUACAGAAGACCUACACAAUAGCUCUAGAAAGGACCCAAAGAGCCAUCCAAGUGGACCAGUUGACACCACUGGGAGAAUUGAAUAAACACAGUACAUCCAUUGUUGACCUAUCCACUUGCUAUGCUCAGAUGGUGAAGACAUGGCAACAGCUGGAUUGGCCUGACCCUGAGGAGGCCUUUAUGAUCAUGGUGAAAUUUGUCGAGGACACGUGUAAAAUUGCUCAGAUGUACUGUCAGAUGAUCAAAGCAAGGGCAGAGGAAUUGUCUUCCAAUCAAAGCGAGGCAGGCCAAGCAGCAAACAGGCUUUGUGUUGUGGUGAACAACAUUGAGCAGCUCCGGAUGAUGAUCCUGAAGUUGCCCAAACAGCUGAACUGGGCAUACUUGGAGCAGAACACUGGACCUGUCAUUACCCCAGAGCAGAUCCAGCACACACUGCAUCAACAGCUUCAGGCUUCUGUUUCCUGCCUCAACAAUGAGAUCCGAGGAGUGGUGCAGACUCUGGCGAUCAAAAUGGAUGCUAGAAUUGCCCAACACAUCCAGCAACUGUCUGUUUGCAGUGAUAACCCAGAGGAUUGCAUCACACCUUUAAUGAAAUUCUUGGAAUAUGAGCUUCAGUAUCUAAAUAUGAACCUUGUCCAGGAGAAUUUUAACAGUCUUCUGGAGCUUCUGUGGAAUCACACCUUGGCCUUGCUAAAAAACGCUACAAAACAACAAGUUGGAAAAUUGGACUACUUUACGAAGUUUCAGUUUGCCCUCCAGAGCUUGGAACUUUGCUUUCAUGGAGAAGGCUGUGGACUAUCCAAAGAUGCCCUUCGCACACCAGCUUUUAUAGCUCUGGAGAAAGAGUUGGAUCUUUGCUCCUCCACCAGCAGAAAACUUAUUGAAAAGUAUUUCAGUGCUCGAAUCCAGCAACAGGAAGAGGCCACUCCUGAAAAAUAUGGUGCUGUGACUAUCAAAGCUUUUUACCGUCACUCAGAACAAAAACUGCACGUUGAAGUACUCAAUGCUGUUAAUCUCCUUCCCAUGGACUCAAAUGGCCUAAGUGAUCCCUUUAUCCAACUCACACUGGAGCCACGUCAUGAGUUCCCCGAGAUUGCAACACGGACUACUGAGUGCAUAAAGAACAAUCUCCAUCCCCUGUUUGAUGAAGCCUUUGAAUUUUUGGUUCCUCCAGAAAAAUGUCAGCAAGACGGAGCAUGUCUGCUGCUCACAGUGUUUGACUAUGACACCGUGGGAGCAAAUGACCUGGAAGGAGAAGCUUUCCUCCCACUCUGCAGGGUCUUGGGGCUGAAUGAGCCUGAAGAGUCAAUCAACCCAUCCAGAAUACCACAGAUCCGUUUAUCUUUAACUCAUCCUGGAAUUGCUGGCGAUGACAUCCUGAAGCUUUUGGGGACCCGCAAAGGAGACAAGGAAGCACAGGCCUUUGUGAAGCUACGCAAACAAAGAGCAAAGUAUUCCAAGGAGCUGGCAUGAGGCAGUCAAGCAAAAUGGGUGAAAACACAGGUUGAACCAAGGUACCACAGAAGUUCUGCUGCCAUGGCAACAGCUGAUCAUACUGGGAAAGUAGGAAGCCAUGAGGCUUUUGUUAAUCCUCCUGGUGGCUUUGAUGCAACAAACCAGACACUGGAGGCUCCUUAUCCGUGCAAACUGAAGCUGCCGGUUUUGAUGAACAGUUUAUCUAUUUUCAUCUAAGAGACAACAGGAAGGACCCAUACCACCCACUCCACUCCCCACUCCAUAUUCUUUCUUUGCUGCAGGAGUUUGAAUAGUCGGGAGCUGCUGCAGGCUGUUGCGAGCUGAUCUAUGCCCAUCAUUAUGUGUGCAAUGCCCCUCUGCUGGGAAGAACCAGGCUGCUGGAGUAGCGAAGCUUGUGAUGAGCCUCUUGUGGAGUUUCUGCAGGAAUUUUUUACUCUGUGCUCCAGAUGGCACGGGAAAGGUGCUCCCAAGGGAAAGGGAAUAAACAUUUGGAGGAGAAAAAAUGGGUGUGUUUUCUAGCCUGUUACAGAGUCUGGAAUUGCCUUCUGUUUGAUUUUAAAAAAUCAAAGCUUUUAAAACUAGCAGGUUGAUUUAAAAAAAAAACACCUGGAAAGCUGCCAGUAAAAGCUCCCAGGUCUCUUUAUAUCCAGGGCACCGUUUUCAUAAUUGCAAAGGCAGCUGAGCAAGGUCUGCAAAACCCUUCUGGUUGAAAGCAAUGAAUGGAUUAAUAAUUAUUGUACAAUCCUCUCCUCUACCAACAGUACUGUUCUUGCUAUAGCUAUAACCUUAUAGUUUUGUCUUAGGGGCAAUCACUUGGGCCUGAUAUGACAUAUGUUACAAAAGCAGAAUUUUGGAGGAUGAGGGCAACGAAACAUCUUUGCUUUCACAGCAUGAAGGAAAAGUCAUGCUGCUGUGAAUUCUCUGGUAAAUAAAUGCAGGAGCAUGAAAGAAGACAAGUAACAAUAUUGCAGAAAUACAUUUCAGUUUUUCAAAGUUUGUCAUGUUUUUCCUGUGCCGGGACCCAUGUUGCCCUGACAAUAUUACAGCUUCACAUGCUCUUCCUUCUGAGAGGGCCAAUUUUCGUGGCCAAAAUUACACAAGAUUUCCAUUAAAAAAAGAAAGAAAAUAAUUACGGUAAAUAGACUGAAGUUCUCAGCUGGUUUUUCUUCUUCUUCUCUUCCAUUAGAAACAGCAAGACUAAAAAACGAUUAAAAAAACUAGGGCAUGCUGUUUCACCAUGUGAGAAAGGAAUCUAGGCCUCAGGAUUAUGGAAAGGGGGGAGGGGGAGUUCAAAGCCUCAUGAUGGCUGCUUCAAGUAUGUUGAAGCUGUCAUACUUCAAAUAUUUUUCACAGGAUUAGAAAACAGCAUUGCAUAUUUGUAGCCUUAGGUUCAGUUCCCUUUAUCCUCUUCACAAGAGUGUAGAUAUGGCUACUCCAACCUGAGAUGCAUUUAAGAGUAUUUAAACAUUCAUAGCCAUAAUUAGAGCCCAUUUCUCACUAAUAAGAUUUAGGCAGGUUAAAAUGUAUGGCUCUAAACCACUUAUCUGUGAAAAGCACUGGAGGCAGAUUUGCUUCCAGAAAGACCUGCUGCCUAAAUCGCUACAGAUGCAACCCGAGCAGAUGUUACUAUUUUUCUGGGAAUAAGCAUAGCCUAGCAGACCUCUUCUGAUUUGGAGGCGAGCAGAAGUGUGGAGAGCACAGCUGGGCCUCAGGGUUCAUACCACUUAAGUCAACUCCUUACUUGCUCCUCAUAAAUAAAUUUGUUUUCAAGCUAAGAUCACAGCUGUGCAAUGCAGAUGUGACUUCCAUAACUCAUAGGUUGUGCAAAAUGCUUACCUUUAGGUGGUCACACAACCCCAAGUUUCCUUGUUGCAAAUAUAACUUGUUCCUGCUACUUAAUAUUCUUCUGCCAUCAGUGAGAUACUAUGUUUGCAUCUUUCCCAACUCUGGGACAUCCUUACUGAAAAGUUCAAUCAGCAUCAAUAGCUCUAAAACAAAAGUUAUACUAGGUGUUUUAUUUGCCAUUUCUUUCUAAAAUAUAAGACAACAUAUGCCCCAUGGGAUCAUAGUUUCAGAGAGAUCUCCUUAUCUAAAAGAGAAACUGAUGACUAAGGGUGGGCCAAGAAGCAGUGGGAGCAGUAGCUGCCUCUGAUUUCUGCCAGCUUCCUCAUUGAGUUUCCUUGAGGAAAUCUGGCAGAGAACACCAGAAAUCUUUAAUCCCUCCCCUACCUAAGGUAGCAGGCAGAUAAUGACUCUUGCUGGGUGGGGAAGGGAGUGAGGAAUUUUGAGAUUGGCUGGGAAAUUGUCACAAUGUUGAAAAUGAAGAUCACGCAACCACAAUAGCACUUUACCAGUAGCACUGUAACAGCCAAAUUUCCCCCAAAUUUCAUUCCUUAGGAAUCAUGGGUCCCAGAUUUUGGAUGCAUUCUGUAAGUAAGCCCAUUUGGAGUAUCUUGGUUCAAGAAUUGCCCAAAAUGCAUCAUUUUGUCUAAAGAUAUAAUGAGUUUUAGUAGGAUAUCAAUGGAUUCAUUGGGUUGCAACCCACUUCAUCGGGUUGCAUUAUCAUCUUUAUUUAUUUUUUAUAAGAUUUUAUUGGUAAAACGAAAAUACAACAUCCAUGAUAAUGGAUGCAUUAUCAUCUUUAAUGUACCAAGAGACUUACCACUACUUAUGUGUAUAUGAAAAGUUAGGAAUCUCCCUAGCCUCAAAGUGAUUCAACUUAUGCUUAACAUGAUUUCAUUUUUAAUUCAACUGUGAGUUUACCUUGCACAGAGAAAUCAAUUUUAGGCCGCUUUGAUAUAAACCACCAUUCUGAAUAAUUUGGCGGCUUUUAAAACAAUGAUGCAUUUCAGAUAAUUUAAGAAUAAAUUAAACAGCACUGCAACCAUUCAAUCAUCUGUCAUAUACCUCUUACCAAAAAAGUUAUCAAUAUGUGUAACCGCUAUGCCAUCUUUAAUCAAUUACUGAUUCCUAAGAAAAACAUCCUAAUGCAUGAAUGCUUGGCUUAUGCAGGAGCUUUUACAGAGAAAACCUGUCAAAAAUAUUUUGAAAAGCCAAUUGUUUGAUGUCUUAAUUGGGAGAAAAAUUCUAAGGAACAGAAACUUUCUUCAGGCAAAGAAAUGAUGCUAAUAAUAUGGUUCCAUCUAUAGAUUGACCUGCCAUGGUGUUAAUUAUUAAUCCUAGCUGACUUUUAGGCCAUCAAGCCUAUCAUUUGUUCUCUCUGCAGCAACUCCUUUUAAAAAAAUUAAUGCUACGAACACCCAGUGCAGGUGAUUUUAGGAAUGAACUAUUUUAGCCAAAACAGCAGCAAUUUCAACUUAAUUUUGGAAGGGGAGACCAUGCGAGAGAUGGAAGAUUUUCUUCUCCUCUGCUCCCACUCUAUAAGAAUUUGCCAAAGUUUUGGGAAGACAAGGAAUAAGAACUUUGUUCCUCUAACAGUUUGGAUAUCUCCUUUUCACAUCCACCUUAAACCAAUAAUUUUCCUUUUUAUAUAUAUAAAAAAAAGUCAGGUUGGAUUUUUCUUGGCCAAUUAACCUCCAGAUGUGUUGGGAUUACAAGUUCCAGAAACACCUGGAAACACAAUCAGGAGAGUUUGGUGUAAUGGUUAAGGUGGUAGGCUAGACAUCAGGAGACUCAAGUUCUAAUCC